CUUCUUAGUGACACAAAUCCCAUUUUGGUACUUUUCGUCGCUGUUCGUAGUUGCCGCAAUCGUCACCUUGUCAGCGCCUGAGCGAAGCUGGGCAUGGUUUUUCUAUAGUACGGGCAACUUGUUCUUACUUUUUCGCGAAUAGAGAACUUUCCGAACUUGUUUCUUGUUCUAAUGCUAUCCACCUCAUGCUCCAUGCUAGCAAGAAUACAGUGAGUUUACUUGCAGUUCUUUGAGCGUCUAUACCCCUGGAGUUCUUUUCUUCAUUCUGGUAUCAGCAGUAAAAUACCCCGAAACACCAAUGGCUUCCUCCUCUUCCUCUUCCAGCGCGGCGGCCGCCAACCGGGCACCAGCUACAGCAGCAUCUGCCGCACGACAACCCGCCCAUGACGGCACCACCUCCUGGCUGGACAUGAUCCCUUUCCUAUUACAAUGAAAAAUGCCCCCACCCCUGAACUUGGUAGCGUUUGUAUUGCAAACCGGUCCAAUAGAAACAUUCCCUGUCUUGCAUAUAUCAGCAUCACAAAUUUGCCAUGCUGAAUGGCUCGAAUUUGUGUUGCGCAAGAGCCCAGCUGCAGCCGGGCCUGUCAUGCAAAAGAUGCUUUACUCCCCUAGAUUCUGCAUCAGAAAGACUCGUAGUCCUUUCAUGCAAGACAGAAGGACUUCAUUUGGGAACUUUGCAUCAGAAAGUUUUGCACAUUUUGGGGUGGGGGCAUUUUUCGUUGCAAUAUUUCCUCGCCCAGUCUCCGACCAAUCGGCGGAACCAAGCGCUGUGGGACUCGUAUCAACUGCAAAAAUGUCUGGGUCUGGAAGAGUCGGGGUUUGUCAUGCACAUUUUGCAUGACCCGUGAGGUCUGUGAUGCAGGUCCUAGCAUCACAGAUUUUUUGAGGGCUUCUUGAUGCUUAUCACGCAUGAGAAACGCCCUCUCCGCACGCCAAGAACUGGACUCCUCUUGCUGCUCAUGCAACACAGAUAGUUUUAGACUCCCCAGACAGCAUUACAAGUUCCACCCUUCCAGACCCAGACAUAUUUGCAAUCCAUAACUCGGACGUGAAACGCAUCACGCGGUCCGUGCAGCAGCUGAAGCUGAAAGCGAGCCAGAUCGGGGCAAACAACACACAGUAUCGGGAAUUGCGGAUCAUUUUGAAGGAGUUAGCACUGCUGGAGAAAAACCUGCAGGAGGCCAUUGUGCAGUCGCAAGGAACUUCUACACCUGGUGCGCAGAGCAGCACCGGGGCUGGCGGAGAGGGGAGUAGUGGCACUGCCGGGGGUGGUUCAAUGUCGUCGGGUAGCAAUGCAGCAUUGAUCAACACUAAUCCGGCGGCCGCGUUUUCUAAUAACGGCGUCACGCUGGCAAAGCGGCAAUUGUUGAAGAGAACAGAUGAGCUAGCAGUGUUGUCGGCGGAAGUCCGCAAGCUGGAGAGCAUGAUUGUAGAGUUUCAUUCGUCGUGCUUGUUGCGUAUGUGUAAGUAUUGUUUCUCUGUAUGCUGAUGUGCAUCAGAAAGAACCCACUCUGCUAUGCGUGUUUUGCAUAUAAUUAGGGAACAAUCUAGCGAAAAAAAAACUUCCAACUGCUAUGUACCGUAGGUCGGCGACGGCAACCGGUUACUGCCGACAGCAGGCACCUCCGGCCCGGAACAUCAAAGCUAUGACGGUUCCGUUUUCCAGCCCGAACAAAACUCUUCCGGCUACUCCACCUACGACCGAGGCUCCAUAGAAGAUUACACCUACGCCGGGGAGUAUCGUGAGAAAAAACUGUCUCAGUCUCAAACCUUUAUUGCAGACUCAGCAAUACAAAUUUGCCGAGCAUGAUAGUACUCAAAACCUGUGAUGCGUCGAACACAAGGGAAAACACGUAUGUGAGGCAGCUUUCUUGCAUGGUGAGCAUGACAAAAAGCUGUCUCAAGGAAGUUCCGCAUUACAACGUGAGACCGAGACAGUUUUUUCUCGCGAUAGGGAGGUGCGACGGCAGAAGUUGCUGAUCGAGGAACAGGAGCAGGUUUUGACCGACAUGUCCUAUGCACUGCAUUUGUCUUGCUUGUCUGGCAUGACCAAGAAGCUUGUGAUGCGUGUCCAAGAAGAGACCCUUUUGCCUGUCAUGCAAAAACGCAGUUUGUCAUGCGAAGAACGCAACACAAAGAAGCGCAGAUAUUUCUCAUGCUUGCCUGUGCAUGACAGAGCAUUCACUUCUAUUCCCAACGCAGCAUCACAAGUUUCCAGACCCAGACAUAUUUGCACUUGACAUGUCCUCUUCGUUGUCAAAUUUAAAACAGAUAGGCCAGGAUAUCGAGAUCGAGAUCAACUACCACAACGACUUACUGGAAGAGCUAAACGAGAAUAUCGGGAACACAAGCUCCAGAUUGAGCUCCGUGGGGAAGCGGUUGCAGGAAGUAACCAAAUCCCAGUCGAGCAGGUGCCUGCUGUGUUACAUCGGUUUUCUGUGCGUGAUGCUCGUGAUACUUUUGCUGACGAUGUAAUAAUGAACGUGCAGAGAUCGUCAUCAUGAACAAAACCAAAUACCGGAAUCGUUGAUGAGAAGCAAUAUUACGAGGAAGAACCACGCCUGCUGUAGCUCUUGUGCCUCGACGUAAGAUAUUCUUGUAUGCGGACAGGCAAGCCU